GACUGAUCAGUUAGUUACCUCGUUUCAUUGGCUCGCCUUUCUCUGUUUUGUCUGUGUCUCACUGUCAGUGUACACAAACAGCGCAUGCGCCUUGACUCAGUCUUCAGCCUUUGGAACUCGGGCUCAGUUCAAUAAGAGAGACCAUGUCCGCCAUCAACCUUAGGCACUCUAUCCUUUCAUUUAAACCAACUUCUUCAUGAAAUAGCAGUAACACACGGCCUCAAGCAUGGCCACAUCGGGUGCAGUUCAGGUGAAACUGGAGCUCGGUCAUCGUGCCCAGGUCAGGAAGAAACCUACAGUGGAAGGCUUUACUCACGACUGGAUGGUGUUCGUUAGAGGACCGGAGCACAGCAACAUUCAGCACUUUGUGGAAAAAGUCGUUUUUCACCUGCACGAAAGCUUCCCGAGACCAAAAAGAGUUUGCAAGGAUCCACCGUACAAAGUGGAGGAGUCUGGGUAUGCUGGCUUUAUCUUGCCAAUUGAAGUAUACUUCAAAAAUAAGGAAGAACCUAAGAAAGUGCGCUUUGACUAUGACUUAUUCCUGCACGUCGAAGGCCAUCCACCUGUAAACCACCUCCGCUGUGAAAAGCUCACUUUCAACAACCCCACAGAAGAAUUCCGGAAAAAACUGCUGAAAGCGGGAGGGCAAAGAGAUCCUCACAAAAGGUUUGCUGAAGACCCAAAAGUCAUGGUCAUGCAGGAAGGAUCCACGUCCCUCUUCGGACAAAGCCUGCAGCUCCCUGUACUCCCCAGUAAUGCUGUGUCUUUUUCGGACACGAAGAAGAUGAAGUCCUCGCAUGGAUCAAAGGACCUGGCCAAGUGCAGCACCCUCACCACCACCACUACCAACAGCAGCAGCAGCAGCAGCGGCUCAUCAAAGCUCCACAAGUCCACGAAAGAGCACAAAGACAAACCUUCAAAAGAGCAUAAAAGUGCCUUUAAAGAACCUUCCAGGGAACUCGGUAAACUUACCAAAGAUUCCAAGAAACCCAAAGAAAACAGACCACUUAAAGACGACAAACCCAUUCCGAAGAUGGCAUUUAAAGAACCCAAGCCCAUGUCCAAGGAAUUCAAGUCUGACACAAGUAGUGUCCACGUAGGCAGGGCGGGGGGUCUGCAACACAACAUUAAGGCCACCAACAAAAGGCAGCCCAGUGGCGACUCUAAUGAACUUGUAACCAAAAAGAGAAAGAAGAGUAGCUUGGAGACCGCGCUGAAACCUUUGUCCAGCUCGUCUCCACCGCACCUUUCCUCUGACAAAAAACAGACGAAAGACAAACCCCAGAUUCGACCAGCAAAACUUAAAAUAGACAGCGAGACCCCAGAGAGAAAGAAACCCACUUUGCCUCCUUUUGAAGAUUUUGUGGACCCAAAUGAAUCAGACAUAGAGGACAAUAUGUCUACCAAAUCAGAGUCGGGACAGCCCAGUCCAGCAAGUUCCAGUGCCAGUUCCAGCUCUGGUUCCAGUUUUACUCCAUCUCAGAACACACAAGUGCCUGACUUCAUCUGCAGGAAGGUUGUAGCUGUCCCUGCAGCAGCUCAUACAGUUUUGGGCCCUUUAAGGUCAAUAAUGCAGGACCUGCAUUCUGAUGACAAUGAAGAGGAUUCUGAGGAAGAGGACGACAAUGACAAUGAUUCAGACGUAGAGCGGCCUGUACACGUGCACAUGACGCACAGAAAUCGCAGGGUGAGCUUAAGUGAUGGCAGUAGUAGUGACAUUAGUGCUGCUUCAUCACCACCAGCACACCGUGAACCACCACCCUUACUAAAAACUAGCAAGAAUCAGAUUAUAGAAGUAAAAAGCCCAAUAAAGCAAACAAAACCUGAAAAAACAAAGAAUGGAGAUUGUGAUACGGACAUUUCGGGUUAUCAGAGGAUUGGCAACUCCAUAUGCACAGCAGUAGACAGGACCAGACAAAAGCAGGCUUAUCUCGAUGAGUUGGUGGAACUUCAUAGAAGGUUAAUGACUCUGAGAGAGAGACAUAUACUACAGCAAAUUGUUAACCUUAUAGAAGAAACAGGACACUUUCACAUUACCAACACCACCUUUGACUUUGACCUGUGCUCACUGGACAAAACUACAGUACGAAAACUACAGAGUUACCUUGAGACUUCUGGAACUUCCUGAGAAUACAGCGGCUGGCUGCUUCAUGGAAAUGAGAAACACACACAACAAAACAUUUCUUUUACUUGAAAUAUUGCAGUGAUGCAACCCACCCACGCAGCGGGCCCAAGAAUACAGCUCCCUACAGCUUUGUUUUUUGAAGCCAGUUGUAGAUCUGGAACCAAGCGAAGAAGAGUGAGGGAGAAAAAAGAAACAAGAGACCCAGAAUAAUUUUUUUUUCUGCCAAGGAGAUGUUCUGGAAGUGUUCACCUGGAAAGCCUUGAAAAAAAAAACAAAAAAAAAAAACAAAAUAAAAUCUUGCCCUUAAUGAAUGUGUAUAUGGUUAUCAUAUGUCAUUGUGUGAUACUGUUCUUUGUGACAAAUGCAUGUUUAACACUGCCUUAUUACAUUAUUGGUCUAUUUAUUAAGUUUCAGAUAUCGGUGAUUGUUGGGAAUGACACUACCACAUUUUUUACAAGCCCUCAAAGUAGCAAAAAAAAAAAUAUUAAAUUCAAGGGAGGGUGAAUAAAAGGUGGUGUUUAUGGAUAGUUUAUUAUUAUUUAUUUCAUUAUUAUUAUCAUCAGAUGUUUUUUAGGCAAACAUUGCCAGGCCCUAAUGGGAACACUAAAGCCAGUGGUCUAUAUUUGCACAAUAUUGGUGCAACUUUAAUUUAUCAGCUUGUGCAGAUUAAUUGGCAACCAUUAAGUGACAAAAAAGAUGAACUCCCAGAUUAGUUCUCAAAGAUGAGAGCAGCAAGGGAAAGGCAAGGGUUUUUGUCAUUGGUCUUGAGAUUGGGAGGGUUUAAAAGAUACUCUUGCAUGUAUAAGGAAUGUUGUAGAAAAUUCUUAAUUUUGAAGAUGUUGAUUAAUUUUAUGAUUUGGCUCUCAUCAUUCAUUCCGUUAUUCUUCACUGCAUUAGUGUGUGGCUUCAUAGUUAUUGCUCUGCAUAGGGUUUUUUUAUGUAGUUCAAUAAAAUCAUGUUUUUAAGAGCUGGGGCUAUUGAACCCCCCCCCCCCCC